CAUCUUAAAAUUUGUUCUUUGGUCAUUCCAGGAAUGGAAGGAAAGAAAAAAGCAACAAAAGAGAUUGAUAGCUGCUAAAAAGAAGUUAUGUGAACUAGAGCAACAGCAUGUAUUUGACGGGCUUAGGUUUGGAGGGAAAUCUCAAAGGAAUAUGCUUGCUGAUCAUAUCAUUUCUGUAAACUCCAAACUGCUUCAGCAAGCUUUGCAAAGUAUCGGGAUGUCAUCAAAGAGAUGGAACACAACUGAGCAAAUCAAUGAACUGAGAGCUAGGCUGCCGGAAGGUACACUGAAUAUAUCACAAGACUGCCUUAAUCCCAACGCGGAGGAAGAUAAAGUGGGUGAGAACUUCUGUUUUCUACAACAAGGCUGGAAUCUUAUCUCUCAAGGAAAAGUCUCUUUGUGUUUGGUUUUCAACAAUGGUGAGAAUCAACAAAGGGACGGUGAAAAUGAUGUUACUGAUCCUGUCUCGUACCUUUAUGAGCUACUUCGUGAUGAACAGCAGUUCCUACAGGCUCUUUCCCCUCCCGUCAUCUGA